AUGAAGUCAUUUAUUUUCUACGUAUUCGUGCUGGUUCUGAUGAUGACUUUGGUCUCGGAAAGCUUCCAACAAUCCUCAUCAGAAACAACAACAACAAUAACAGCAACAUUAUUGGGACAAGUGGUUGAUAUACCUAAAAAUAUGAAAAAGGAUGACCAGCAAGAUCCUAUUAAAAUUCUAUUGCUCCGACAAGACUCUCCUUCACGUGAGGAUGUUUAUUUCGUGAGAGCGGAUGGAUCAUUUGCUAUUGAAGGAUUAACACCAGGUUCACAUAUUUUGCAAUUAGUUUGUCAUAGAUUUGAAUUUGCUAAAAUCCGAAUUGAUGUUUCAAAGAGCGGAAAGAUGAGAGGCGUUAUGAUGAUUCCUUCUAACCAUCCUUCACUAUUGACGGAGGAAGAAAGGAAAUCUGGAGCUGCUCAAAGUUUAGAUGGAUUUGGUUUUGUUAAACAAGGAAUUCAGGUUGAACCAGUGCUUCGAGUUAAACCUUUGACUGUGCUGAAUUACUUUGAAGUUGUUCCUGGAUUUGAUUAUUUCGGAAUUUUGAAGAAUCCUAUGGUGAUCAUGCUUGUUGUUGGUGUUCUUAUUUCUGUUGUUUUCCCCAAGCUAAUUGAUCCUGAAGCUAUGAAAGAAGCGCAAAAAUCAAUGAGUCAAAGCGAAUCGGAAUUUAAAAAUUUAUUAGGAGGCUUGAAUACACAAAUUUCUAACCAAGCGGCGUCACCAUCCUCGUCUAGUAAGAAAAAGUCAAAGAGCGAAUAA